UCCAGUCAAGUCCAGUCCCGUCAAGUCCAGUGCAGUCCAGUCCAGUCCGACCCGGCCAGUCCAGUCCAGUCCAGUUCAGUCCAGUCCAGUCCAGUCCGGUCCAGUCCAGUCCCGUCCAGUCCAGUCCAGUUUAGUCCAGUAGAAUCCAGUCCAGUUCAGUCCAGACCACACCGGUGCUAUCCAGUCAAGUCGAGUCCAGUCCAGUCCAGUCCAGGUCAGUCUAACACUGUCCAGUCCAGUCCAGUCCAGUCCAGUCCAGUCCAGUCCAGUCCAGUCUAUUUCAGUUUUGUCCAGUCCAGUCCAUUCCAGUGUAUUCCAGUAGAGUCCAGUCCAGUCCAGUCCAAUCCAGUCCAGUUUAGUCCAGUAGAUUCCAGUCCAUCCACUCCAGUCCAAUCCGGUCAAUUCCAGUGCAACCUAGUCCAAUGCAGUCCAGUCCAGUCCAGUCCAAUCCAGUCUAGUCCAGUCAAGUCAUGUCCAGUCCAAUCCAGCCAAGUCAAGUCCAGUUCAGUCCAGUCCAGUCGAGUCCAGUCCGGUCCAGUCCAGUCCGACCCGGACAGUCCAGUCCUGACCAGUCCAGUCGAGUACAGUCCAAUCCAGUCCGGUCCCGGCCAUUCCAGUCCAGUCUAUUCCAGUUUAGUCCAGUCCAGGCCAAUUCAGAUCAGCACAGUCCAGUCCAGUCCAGUCCAUUUCAGUUUCGUCCAGUCCAGUCAAGUGCAGUCCAGCCAAGUCCAAUCCAGUCCAGUCCAGUCUAAUCCAGUACAGUCCAACGCAUUCAAGUCCACUACAGUCCAGUCCACUCCAGUCCAAGCCAGUCCACUCGAGUGCAGUCCAGUCCAGUCCAGUCCAGUCCAGUCCAGUCCAGUCCAAUCCAGUGCAGUCCAUUGCCAUCCAGUACACGCUAGUCCAGUCCAGUGCAGUUUAGUACCGUUAUGUACAGUCCAGUCCAGACCAUUCCAGUGCAGUCCAGUCCCGUCCAGUCCAGUCCAUUCCAUUCCAGUCCAGUCCAGUCCAGUCCAGUACAGUCCAGUCUGGUCCCGGCCAUCCAGUCCAGUGAAGUACAGUCCAGCCAUGUCCAUUCCAGUCCAGUCCAGUCUAAUCCAGUCCAGUUCAGCCCAGUCCAGUCCAGUCCGGUCCAGUCCAGUCCAGUCCAUUCCCGUCCAGUCCGGUCCAGUCCAGUUUACUACAGUAGAGUCCAGUCCAAUUCAGUCCAGUUUAGUCCAAUCAAGUCCAGUCCAGUCCAGUCCAAUCCAGUCCAAUGCGGUCCAUUCCAUUGCAACCAAGUCCAAUCCAGUCCAGUCAAGUCAAGUCCAGUCCAGUCCAGUCAAGUCCAGUCCAGACCACACCAGUCCAGUCCAGUUCAUUCGAGUUCAGUCCAGUCCAGUGCAGUCCAGUCCACUCCAUCUCAGUCCAGUCCACUCCAGUCUAAUCCGGUGCUUUCCAGUGCAACCUAGUCCAAUGCAGUCCAGUACAGUCCAGUGCGGUCCAGUCAAUUCCAGCCCAGUCAAUUCCAGUCCAGUCCAGUCCAGUCCAGUCCAGUCCAGUGCAGUCCCUUGCCAUCCAGUACACGCCAGUCCAUUCCAGUGCAGAUUAGUACAGUUUAGUCCAGUCGAGUUCAGUCCAGUCCAGUGCAGUCCAGUCCACUCCAUCUCAGUCCAGUCCACUCCAGUCCAAUCCUGUACAUUCCAGUGCAACCUAGUCCAAUGCAGUCCAGUACAGUCCAGUCCAGUCCAGUCAAGUCCAGGUUUGUUCAUUGCACGCCAAUCCAAAUUAGGCCAGUCCAGUCCAGUCCAGUGCAGUCCAGUCCAUUCCAGUCCAGUCCGGUCCAGUCCAGUCCAGUCUAAUCCAGUAGAGUCCAACCCAGUCCAGUCCAGUCCAGUCGAGUGCAGUCUAGUCCAGUCCAUUCCAAUCCAGGGCAGUCCAUUGCCAUACAGUUCACGCCUGUCCAGUCCAGUGCAGUGCAGUCCAGUCCAGUCCAGUCCAGUCCAGUCCAGUCCAUUCCCGUCCAGUCCAGUACAGUCCAGUCCAGUCCAGUCCAGUCCAGUCCAUUGCAGUCCGGUCCAGUCCAGUCCAGUGAUGUUUAGUCCAGUCCAUUCCGCUCCAGUCCAGUCCAGUCCAGUCCAAGCCAGUCCAGUCCAGUGCAGUCCAGUCCAGUCCAGUCCAGUCCAGUCGAGUGCAGUCUAG